AUGCCAAACGAAAUUGAAAGUACCCCAGAAUUAGGAGCAAAUCAAUUCAAAUCAGCCCGCUUUAAUCAGGAAUUACCUACCGCUUCCACCACCACGGUGCGGCAAAAAUCAACAUCAGAGCAACAGGCCCACAAUGUAAUAGUCCACCCGAGGCUACGUCCCGUGCCCUACAAGCCACAAGAUAUAUACUCACAGGCGCAACCACAGCCAUACGUAAGCAUGACCCACUCCAACACGACAUUCUAUCAAGUUGAAGACUUGCCCGUGAACAGACGCGGGUUCAAAUACAAAUUGAGUCGCCCGCUGCCCGUUUUCCAAUCGAACCACUAUGCCACGACUGAUCUUGCGCCGUUUGAAGCAUGCAUCAGUUUGUUUGAUCGAUCAACUGGCGUCUUGUUCAGUCGCGAUUGCAAGACCAUCACUACUGCACAAGGAUGGAGGUCCGCUAGGGCCAAUGUUGGAAUCAGGCAGGGAUCCUACUAUUUCGAAUGCAAGAUUGUCAAUGCAAAUGCAAAUGCAGACUCAGCAAAUGCAGAUUCAAAUGCUAAUGAUUCGGCGCAUGUUCGGAUUGGGUUGGCGAAAAGAGAAGCGAGUUUGGAGGCGCCAGUGGGGUACGACGGAUACGGGUACGGCCUAAGGGACAUUGAUGGGUAUUUGGUUUUCACUAGCCGCAGGAAAAAUGUGUGCAUUGAAGGUGGAUUCACCACGGGGGACGUGGUGGGGUUCCUCGUGGAGUUGCCAUCUUUGAAAGAACAGAAAUUGCAGUUGGAGCGAUACGUCGAGGAGAAACGAAGCGAGAUGCCCGCCGAUUAUCGAGUCAAGAGGAGGAAAACCAAAAAGAAAACCGAGGCGGUUGAGGAUAAUGUUAGAUUUAACGAGUAUGACAAUAUUGUGCGCGACCAGAUACCGACAAAGUCGAAAGGUGCGUUGUACUAUGACCAGUUUGAGUAUACCAGGACCAAGACCAUGGACCACUUGUUGAACCCCGUGACUGUGUUUGGGGAAAAGGCCAUUAUAGAAAUGGACGACAAGACCAAAAAUAUCCCCGUGAUUGCCGGCUCCAAAAUACGCGUUUUUAAAAAUGGCAAGGAAUGCACCGCGAUUGAAAAUCUAUAUGCUUUUCUCCCGACAAACAUCGAAGACGUCGACGAGAUUAAUUUGGAGGCCAAUGUCAAGCAGCUGCUGAACCCAAACUAUAGAAACACGGACGACAACACUCUUGGCUACUACCCGAUGUUGUCCGUUUUCGGCAAAGGUGCCGUGACGCUCAACGCCGGUCCCGAGUUUGACUUUCCCCCAAGCGAUGAUGCCACCGUCAAGCCCCUAAGUGAUCGGUAUGAGGAGCAAGUGAUUGAAGAGUGGUUUUGGGACAUUUUGGAUGAAGUGGAAGCACAGUAUCUUGACAGUUUUGACGAAAUAAGUUGA